AAUGUGCAGAUGCCAUCUGCGCACACCCGCACAAACUGCUCGGUCACGCAUGCUUGUCAAGUUUGCAGUUCCGUGUGUGGCCGUGUGGCGGUGCGGUCGCAGACGGUGGAGUGCUGUCUUUUUGGUUCAGUGACGGUCCGGCAGGGGUCACUCUACUGCCCUGGCCCCGCCUCAGUCAGUCCGUGGUGUGGUGCAGUGUGGCCCCAGCGAUCGACAUUCCGCCUGCCCCGCCAUGUCUUGCUCAGAUGAAGAGGAAAUCGCCGUCUCCCAGACCAGCGACAACGAACUUGCUGAUGACAAGAGUAAUACUUCCGGAUCUGCUGACAGUGAGGGUCUAGCUCUGCAGCCGAUUUAUCCAGCAGGGGACAACAAACCAGUGAUUCAGCCCACAGAACGACCCUUUUGGAAUUCCAGCUCUCCACGCUGCAGGAGAAUAACACUGGAUGAUGGGACUGAGCGUGACAGUCGGCAAGCAUGGUCUGGGGAGCCGAUGGGGACUGGAAGUGGCGAGUACCUGGACCUGGGCACACUGGGUCCUCCACAGUGCUCGUCCAGCCCCGUAAAGCGCACAGACGGUCAGCGGCACAGGUCACGGGGAUGUGCAGGUGCAGGUGGAGGUGAAGUGUCUGGAGCUCAGCCCCAAAUGGCGGCAGCGCCUUGCUGCCUGGACUGCACUGUGACGUCGGUGGUGUGGGCUCCACGUGCUGGGCAUCUACGGUCAGCUGCCACAACUUACAGUGGACAGGAAGAAGAGCAAGACUGUCACCAGGCUCUCUCGCGAGUCAGUGGUUUGUAUUAUCAGUGUCUCGACCUAUCACCAUCCAAAUUGUGUGUGGACUCUGGCUGUAACAUAUCAAAUGCCGAAUUGAAAUGUAAAAAAACUAGUGAUUUUGGUUCUAACUUCGCGAAAUGUCUGCCAGGUAUGGAAGAGGACAUGAGGAGGAAGCGACGCAGCCGUUCAUCCAUUGCAGAUAAAAAUAAAAUGACUGAGGAAGAGGUUGUCAGUGUCUCCAGCUCUACUGAUGCGCAAACGCCUCCUGAGGAAGUGGAGUUGUCUGGAUUCGAGGAACUAUCAGAAACCACAUCUACAAGUGACAGUAAUGUGCGUGGCACUACCAGCUUUGAUACCAAAUGUAAUCCACAGACUUUGUCAAGAAAAGGCUGGCAGUUGCAAGUAGAAGAGUUUGAAUCGGAUACCAGGAAGAUGAAUCCAGAGGCUCCUCAAUCAGUGUUGGUCAAUAAAAGGGUUAAUAGUACAGCAGAAACAAUGCAGGCUAGAGUAAGGCUUGAUCCACUGCAAGGCAGCAGAGCAGUUACGGAUCCUCAACAUGUGCACUUCAGAGUAGAACUGGGGCCCCAAUACACCAGUGAGAGAGUGAAAGCUGGGGAUUUGGGCAGAAACAGAGUUCAGAUAGCACAGCACCGCUCAGGCGACACAUCAGCACUGCCUCUGGCCGACGUGACAGCACAGCUUCACAAUGUUCAAUUAUCGCCAUCACAAAGUUGUCACAGAGUUCCAUUUCCUCUCACUUCUGAGUACAACCCUGCAACAGCAUACAAAAAUGAAGCAACUGCAUCCCAGUCUUUGUUUCACCAACAACUUUACUCUAAACUUUCAUCAGUUCAACAAGGAGAUCCAGCACGGCCCACAAAAACAAAGUUGCAGCACCAGAGAAUGACACAACAGCAGCAGUCAGUACAAGGCACAAGGGACAGCUUACAUGAAUUUAUGCCCAGACAGGAGAAGACUGGAUGGAACUCCUGUGCUAACAGACACCAGGAGACUGGUAUAUCAAGUCCAGUAACAGGUCUAAAAUGGGACAGUAACAGAGCUGUUUCAGAUUCGAUGACAUGCAGAAUACUGUCACAGCAGAGAUACUCAUCACCCAUGUUACUCACUGAGGAACGGUCUCAACAGUUCUGUGACAGUGACACGAGAACACUCAUUCCAGUCAGUUACUCAGAGUACCAGGAACCAGUCGUGCAGAGAACUGUGUCGGGCGCGAACGGUCCUCCCGGGAUACUACUUUCAGAUGAAAUACCCACAAGGGAUGGAGAAACAGAGCUACAACCACCUCGAGGAUCCGGUGAUGGUACGAGUGUGGCACUAUCUGGAUUCCUCGUAGAUAACGCACAGAGAGCGCAAACCCUGUCUGCUAACCAAAACUUUCAGCUCGAAAUGACGUCUUUGAGCGGCGUAAGACAGUCUAAUUUUUGUGCAUUACCAGGGUAUGGUGGGAGAAACUCUGGAACAGCAGAAGCAGGUACACAAACAAUCUUGUCCGUUUCCACCUCUCCUGGCUCUUCACGAACGGUGUCGACAGCGCCUCCAGUGUGUAAUUCACAACAGACCCAACAGUAUUACCGAUGUGAGUCGACCCCCGCCUCAACCGUAAACACCAUACCUAACGAUUUAAGAGCACUAAACCUGGUGCAAAGCACAGCUCACUGGCCACCCAGAGGAGUGUGUCCCGUUCCCCAGAGGUUUCCAGCGCCGAUACACACACAGCGUGCUGUCUGGCAACCGACCUACCACGUCCCAGUGUCAUUUCAGGUCUCUCCACGUUAUGUGCCGCUGUACCCACGAUAUCCAGACGUUCCCAGGCUGCUAAAUGCACCAUGGAUACAAUAUCCUGCCGCCAUUAGCGUCCCGUACACCGUCGUAGCGCCGCCACCUGUGAGAUUCCCCACACCACCUCUCUACUACGCCCCUCCCGUACAGCCGAUGUGGAUCAGACCGACGUUCGUCUGCUACGCCCCUCCGGCUCAGAGGUUCUGGCAGUCUCUGCCACGCACGGACCCGGACACCUCCCAGCGUGAGCCCCACCAGAGCCGGCAGGCCGUGAACGAGCGCGUCGCAGCGUGGCUCCAGCAGAUGGAGGCUGCCGGAGAGGGCCGGGCCGCCUCGCCGGCGGCGCUGUCCAGCGACUCUGGAGUCCAGGCGGCCGCCAGCUCCGGCAGCCAGCAGAGCGCGUCCAGCGGCGCAGCCGGGACUUCCCCGAGCCAUUAGCGCCGCUUCCAAGGGACGCCUCUGCAGGUGCGACAACCAGUCGCCUGGAACGGAGUGAAUUCAAACCGUGGGUCUGUUGGAGGCGUGGGCAGGUGAUGAGGUACUGCAUGUAGCGUUGCAGUUAAAAGCUUGCAAGUGUGACAUUGGACAGGACUCGUCGCAGAAGACGGUUGUGCACGGGUAGAUGCACUCGGCAACAGAGAAACUUCUGCAGUGAAAUGAAAUUUUCGACAGAAGAGAACUUAGUGUAAGCAGGUCUUUCAGCAUGUGACAUCCAGAGGUUUAGUUUCAGAACCACUGGUAUUGGAAAUGUAACUUUACUCUUGAUAUUUGGUACAAGGUAUCAAUACACUUUCACACUUCAUCCAAGUUUUAGUGAUGAGAUGUCAAAUAUAAGAACGACGUAUACUUUAAGCCAAACUGACUGAAUAAUUUUAAUGAAAAAAGUUGAAAACAUUUUAAGGAUAAAAUUGUCGCUGUAUUGCAAUCAGUUUGUCUUUUUAACUCAAAAUAAAGCUUUUAGGUAUGUUUGAUGUAUCUGUGGAUAUGGAUGUUACCUGUUAUUUAAGGAAAUCAUUGAUUUUUCUUUUUUUAAGUAAAUCCUCACUGUAGUUUUCUCCUAUAGUAAAAAUGCACGUUAAAGCCUUAUCAAGUUAGGGCACAGAUACGCACUGGGAGAUUAGUUCCAGUAGCCAACAAAAGUCUGUGCAAACGGGACUCUUAAUCUUCUUUCUAUUUGAUAUGUGGACAUCGGAACUCAAAUAUCAAUCUGUCAGAGCAAUUCGAUGCGAGCUCAAAAAUUCUCGAGAAAAUUAAUGAAGGUAUGUUUUUGGACAGCUAGCAUGCCUCUGUGGUAAGGUCCAUGCCUACAGCGUUGGGUACUGGGUUCGGUUCCCAAGCGCUGAAGAUUUUUAAAGAGAAGUACGUGUUCUAUGAGCAUUUCCGUGAGGCGUAAAGUAUAUAAAAAUGGUGAAAAAUCAGUAGUACACGAAACAUGUAAUCGCUGGAUCGCUGGGCAUUAUUUUUUCAUUCAGUUAGUCCAUACUUAAUUUAAAUAAAAAAUCAAAUAGAUGCUAAUUAGCAUACAUGUCAACAAAAAAAUCCAGUUUUCAUUGCAAAUAAAUUAAUUGCCGAUAUUUUGUAAAACAUUGACAAACUGUUAAAGUUAAAAAUUAUAAAUGAUAUUUCAUCUUUAUGUAUUUCACUCUUCUCGGAAAUACUGGUGGGACAGGGACCCUUAAAAGUUUACCAAAACAGUGAAUCGAAAGCUGGUCAUCAACACCACAGGCUAGCAUUUCAUCACAGAGCCACAGCACCUCUCAGACAUUUAGUAGGAUAUCAAAGAUUGACGUACCCAUUCCGAACUUCAUAUCCCACAAACAUAAAUACAAAAAUCCCAUUCCUGUCAAUAUCGAACGUGUAAGGAAGCUUGGGAAACAUAGGAUUUUCUCGUAAAGAGUUGUACAGUAAUAUGUACUACCGGCGAACAGUGUGCCGUCAUCUGCAACUACGCUACAGUUUGAAAGGACAUUUUUCAUUGCCCUCGUGACACACAGUCCACUUUUUAUUCGGAAACGUAAACCUCAACUCAUUUUAUCACAGAAAAUGGCUAGUGUGUAGACACCUCUGUCAUGGAGGUAAGUCUUUCUCCGUAUCGUUCAGUAGAGCGUAUCGAUGCGGCACCGUUACUGUCAACGCGUCAAGGCCGUGGAUUGCGAACUUAGACCAUGCACGCAUUGCCUCUUUGCGGCAAGAGGGUGUUUCUGCCACAGCGGGGGGCACGCAACGUCAUUCGGACAUUCAGCUGCCGUCGCGUAUCUCAGAAGAAUGGAGGUUCACUUUAUAUUGGCCGCCCGUCGUCACCGGCGCUAGCUGCUGCCUCAGGAAAUGUUUUCAGAUUUAAUUUUCCCUCUGCAGCGGAAGUCGCACUGUUAGAAACUUUCUGGUAGGCUAAAACUGUGCACAGGAAGUAAAGUUGAGGACAGGUCGGGAGGCGUAUUUUUCUAACGCAGUCGGUAGAGCACUUGGCCACGAAAGAAGCAGCUUCUAGGUUAGAGUGGCGGUCCCAGGCAGUCAGGCUCCGCUGCAGAGUGAAAACAUUCUGGGACCAGCAGCUGAUGUCCGCUAAAUACACAUUCUCUCGUAGGUACCCUGAGGUAGGCAUGGCGGUUAUCGCUCAAACCAGUUUCCAAUUAUACCGGUUUUUUCGUCUCCAGUUUAACCUGACUGUUAAAUCCGCUCAAAAUAACCAGUUUCUAAAAUAACCGGCUGUCGGUGUUUUAUUGCUAUUAUUUCAAAGUAAUGAACGUAGACUCCACAGAAAUAUUGAAAAAUUCUAAUGAAUGUGAACGAAGAGGAUAUUUAGAUUGCAAUAAGUUUCCACAUUGUGAUGCUACUGAUUCUGCUAUACACUACUUUGCGCUUGCAUUCCAAGUGUAUCUAAUACAGUGCCUCGGAGAACUUAAAAGCCGAUUAUCUCUGUAAAUUUGACACAUUAAGAACAAUCAAUUUUGCGGCACUGUUUAACAGCCUUCCACAUGCGUUUCACUACGGAACAGGAAGCACCCUCAGCCAUUUUCAUACUGCGUAUUAACAACGCGACAAUCAGAGCACGACAGUGCAGAGGCUAUG